GGGUCUGUGGGGGGCAUAUAGCCUCAGCAAUGGCGGGGGCCCGGUGCACCCUCAAUGAACUGCACUUUGGGGCAGUUUCCACCGAGAUGAUCGAGGACACCCUAUUGCACCUGGCGCAGGAGAACGAGCAGAUGGUGCAGGCGGCCGCCGAGUGGACGGGCAGCUUCAGGGAGUCCCGCAUCGUGGAGUUUGUGUUUCUCCUGUGUGAACAAUGGGGCCUAGAAAAAUCCGUGAGCUACCAAGCCGUAGAAAUCCUAGAAAGGUCCACGGUGAAGCAGGUGGAGGCCGUCUGCAGACCAGCGGUGGUCCCGGGGGCCAGCGAGAAAGCCGACGCUCAAGGCUGGAGGACCCUGACGGCUCAGCUGUCUGGCCGGUUUCUGCUGCGGCUCAUGUCUUGCGUUCAGCUUGCGAGUAAACUUUCUUUUCAUUACAAGAUCGUCAGCAAUGUGACAAUCCUGAAUUUCCUCCAGGACUUAGGGAGUCCGUACAGCAAAGAGGAACUGCUGGAGUCGGAACUUGCCGUUCUCAAGGCCUUAAACUUUCAGGUCAACCUGCCCACUCCCCUGGCGUAUGUGGAGACGCUCCUGGAGGUCCUAGGCUACAACGGCUGCCUGGUGCCCACUAACCAGUUGCACAGGACCUGCGUGACCCUGCUGGACAUGGUAUACCUGCUGCACGGCCCCAUCUACGACAGCCUGCUCAGGGCCUCCAUCGAGAACUCCACGCCCAGCCAGCUCCAGGGGGCCAAGUUUGUGUCGGUGAAAGAAGACUUCAUGCUGUUGGCAGUAGGAAUCAUUGCGGCGAGCACUUUUGUCCACGCCCAGGAGGGCUGGAGCCAGGUUUUGGGGCAUUUACACGGCAUCACUGGCAUCAGCCCAGAGAGCAUUGCGGAGUUCUCUUACACAAUCCUGACUCACACGGUUGGAACCAGCACCCCGGAGAAGCCGCGCCGGCAGCGGGGGGGAGGUGGCUGCCGCCAUGGCAACCCUCUCCCCCUGACCUGACAGCCCCAGUCUACAGGGACGCGUGAGGCCGCGGGACUCCGGAUGGCCAGAGAGCCACAACACGGCCCUGACCCAGACCGUCCCUGAGGCGCAAACGAGUGUUGGAUUUCCAGGUCCGUGACCCUUUCCCACGUCCUCUGGCAGAGGAGGGCGUGCUCAAAGCCCGCCGUCCCGCAGCUGGGAGACGCCCAGGACUCGUUCCAACCCUUGGGAGCGGAGGUAAAGCACUUGACCUCCCCCACACCUCCACCCCGACAAGCUGCGGUUCACUCAGGAGAGAGGCAGGCCGCCGCCCGGCCCACAUCCACGCUCGGCCUUGUCACUUCAGGGGCCGCGACGGGUAAUGGACUGUAAGUGUUUUGUCCGGUUUAAUAUUAAAUGAACUUCUGACAACUUCA